UUCCGCUGGGGGCGGCGCGGCGGCACCAUGAACUACAUGCCGGGCACGGCCAGCCUCAUCCAGGACAUCGACAAGAAGCACCUGGUCCUGCUGCGGGACGGCCGGACCCUCAUCGGGUACCUGCGCAGCAUCGACCAGUUCGCAAACUUGGUGUUGCACCAGACUGUGGAGCGCAUCCACGUGGGCAAGAAGUAUGGGGACAUCCCUCGAGGCAUCUUUGUUGUGAGAGGCGAGAACGUUGUUCUGCUGGGGGAAAUAGACCUGGAGAAGGAGAGCGACACGCCUCUGCAGCAGGUCUCCAUCGAGGAGAUCCUGGAGGAGCAGCGGGUGGAGCAGCAGGCCAAGCAGGAGUCGGAGAAGCUGAAAGUGCAGGCGCUGAAGGAGCGGGGCCUCUCUGUCCCACGGGCGGACACCCUGGACGAGUACUAGAUGUGCUGCCCCUUGGACCUUUCCUCCACGGCAGAGCGAGGGGUGCUCCGUGAUCUGCCCGCACGGGGGCAGAUCUCUUUGGAAAGGCGGUUUUUAUUUUCAGAUUGUGUUUUCUGUGGUGCAGAUAACAAAAAAAAAAAUCAUGCCUUUAGUUUCUCCUUGCGGAGAAGGAGGAGAGAAGGUGUUCGGCUGCCCUUCGAGGUGGCCAGGCGUGCUGGGGAGCGCGAGUGUUUGUGUUCAGGAGGCAAAUCACUUGGUCCUUUGGGUUUGUUUGCUUUUUCCUCCUCACGUGACUCUGGGUGAGAGUUUUCCUUGACAUGUAA